AUGAUCGUUUUAUGUUGGGGACCUGGAAUGUGUACAAACAUUCAUGACCAUUCCGGCUCGCAUUGCUUUGUGAAGAUGCUUGAAGGUGAACUUAAGGAAACAAGAUUUGCUUUUCCUGAAGAGAAUUCUUCGAUAGGACCGUUGGCAAAGAUUGGAGAGUCAACAAUGUCACUGAACGAUGUCAGCUACAUGAGC